AAUGUGGCGAGCUCGUGUGCGUGUGUAAAUUUCAAUUUUUUAAACCCUUUUUGCCACGUAAAUUGUAUUAAACUAGUUAAACCAUGAUUAUUUACACGAAUGAGGGAAAUCCCUUUGGUCUGCAGCUGUUGAUGCUGGCCAAAUUCGCCAAGCGUCAAGUGCAACUGCAGCUGGUUAACCUAAACGAUGCUAAAUAUAAGGAUUUGCUGGUACUGCCCACGCUGGAGCUGGAUAAUGGCUUGAGACUGUUCUCGCUAGCCGCCAUAGCCAAGUAUAUGUUUGGCGAUGGAGAAGGGGAGUCGCAGCAGCGCGACGAGUGGCUGGAGUGGUGCACAACACUGCUAGCGCCAGCGCUUGCACAUCACAUGGGCGUGGGACAUCGCGCAGAUCCCAAUGCGCUGCCAGUGCUCAAUGGACUGGUGAAGAAACUAAACGAUACGCUGCAGUCCAAACCGUAUUUAGCGGGUGAUAAGUUGAGCUCAGCGGAUAUUGCUGUUUGGUCACUGCUAGCGCCAGAAGGCACGCUCAAGGGUGCACAACAGGUGGAGAAUUUGCGUUCGUGGUAUGACAAGAUCAAGGCGCUGCCAGAAGUACAACAGGCUCUCGCCGAGCAGCCACUGCAGCAGCUUAGCUUUAGCGCUUUGCAGCAAUCCAAUCGUUAUGGUGGUCUCUACCAUGUGCCGCUCAAGCGUGAUAGUAUUUCGAAUGUUACAGGCAAACUGCUGGUAGACACUACACCUACUGUGGCCGACACUGUUACCGACGAGGAGCUCAAUGCAGCACGUGCUGCUUUUAUUUAUACGCAAUCCACGGAGGCUGUAGUACCACGCACUGUGUUGCCCAAGGCGGGAGAGCGCAAUGUGCUCAUUACCUCUGCCUUGCCCUAUGUAAACAAUGUGCCGCAUUUGGGCAACAUCAUUGGCUGUGUCCUGUCAGCGGAUAUCUUUGCGCGUUACUCCCGCGCCGCAGGCUACAAUACGCUCUUGAUCUGUGGCACAGAUGAGUAUGGCACAGCAACGGAGAACAAGGCGCUGGCUGAGAAUAUGACACCGCGUGAGAUUUGUGACAAGUACUUUGAGCUGCACAAUGGCAUCUAUCGCUGGUUUGGCAUAGGUUUUGAUUACUUUGGUCGAACCACCACACAGGAGCAGACAGACAUUGUACAAGAGGCUUUCCACGAUGUCUAUCAGGCAGGCUAUGUGCUAACUGAAAGCGUGGAACAGCUGCUGUGCCAGAAAUGCGAUCGUUUCUUGGCGGAUCGCUUUGUUGAAGGCACCUGUCCGCAUCCUGGCUGCGGCUAUGAAGACGCUCGCGGCGAUCAAUGCGACAAGUGUGGCAAGCUGGUUAAUGCCACCGAGCUAGUGCGUCCACGCUGCAAGGUCUGCAACACAGCGCCCGUGCUACGCAACUCAGAUCAGCUGUUUAUCGACUUGCCUAAAGCGGAGCCGCAGCUGCGUGAAUGGGUGGAACGCUCGGAGCAGGGUUGGACGCAUAAUGCACGUGUUAUAACUCGCGCCUGGCUGCGUGAGGGUCUGAAGCCGCGCUGCAUUACACGUGAUCUUAAAUGGGGCAUUCCCGUGCCGCACAAGGGCUUCGAGAAGAAGGUGUUCUACGUCUGGUUCGAUGCGCCUUUCGGUUAUGUGUCCAUGACGAAGCGUUACACCAAGGAAUAUCAGCAGUGGUGGCAGCCAGCUAAGGGCACUGAUGUGGAGCUGUUCCAGUUCAUGGCCAAGGACAAUGUGCCGUUCCAUUCGGUUGUGUGGCCCAGCAUCUUAUUGGGCAUUAACAAGGGACAUACGCUAGUCAGUCAUAUUAUGGCCACCGAGUAUUUAAACUAUGAGGACGGCAAGUUCAGCAAGAGUCGCGGCAUUGGUGUCUUUGGCAAUGAUGCACAAGAGACGGGCAUACCUGCUGAUGUCUGGCGUUUCUACUUGGCCUCAGCUCGUCCCGAGGGACAAGACUCUAGCUUCAGCUGGAACGAUUUGGCUGCACGCAACAACUCGGAGCUGCUUAACAAUCUGGGCAACUUUGUCAAUCGCGCUUUGGUCUUUUGCGAAAAGAAUUUCGAUAGCUGCGUGCCAGAGGUGCAGCUUACCCAGGAUGAGUUGCUGCUCUUGGCUUUAAUCAAUCGCGAACUGCGUGGUUACGUGCAGUCUAUGGAGAAGGCUAAACUACGCGAUGGCAUACGUCAUCUCUUGGCCAUAUCGCGUCAUGGCAAUGGCUAUAUGCAAACUCAACAGCCUUGGGUGCUACUCAAGGGCACCAAUGAGCAAAAGACACGCGCUGCCAGCAUCAUAGGUCUAUCGGCGAAUAUAGCCUGUCUGCUGGCCAAUCUGCUCUUCCCCUAUAUGCCAACCACUGCACGCACGCUCUUUGCUCAACUCAAUGCCAAGCAGACCCCAAUCAAUGCUGACAAACCUCUGGCUACGCUGCUGCUGCCUGCUGGCCAUAAGAUUGGCAAGCCAGCGCCACUCUUUGCCAAGCUGGAGCAGACAUACAUUGAUGAGCUCAAGGGCAAAUACGGCGGUGCACAGCAGUCGCAAACUCAGCCAGCGCAAGCUAGUGCCGCCGAACUGGAGGCUGCAGUUCAGGCUCAAGCGGACAAAGUGCGUCAAUUAAAGGCCAGCACAAAAGACAAGACCGUCUGGCAGCCAGAGGUCAGCAAACUGUUGGAGCUUAAGAAGCAGCUGGAGGCAGCACAAAAGUCAGCACCAGCAGUACCACAAAAAGGUGUUCAAACUGUAGCCGAUCUGGAGAAAGCUGUGCAGGCACAAGGCGAAAAGGUGCGCCAGCUUAAGGGCAGCACUAAAGACAAGGCUGUCUGGCAGCCCGAGGUGAAUGUACUGCUCGAUCUUAAGAAACAACUAGAGGCAGCACAAAAGUCUGCCAAGGAGGCACCAACAGCACCAGCUGCUGCCGCCGCCGCCGCACCCGUUGCAGCUUCAGACGAUAAAGUCAAAGCGUUAGAGGCUCAAAUAACCCAACAAGGCGAGAAGGUGCGUUCCUUAAAAGCCAGCGGCGAUGCUGCCGCUUGGAAGCCUGAAGUUGAAAUUCUACUAAAUCUUAAAAAGGAACUGUCUACAUUAACUGGUGUUCCAGUUACCGCCGCUAGUCAGGGCAAGCAGAAGAAAAAGAAGUAAAGACCAACUACAAGUGAAUGAAAUUACCUCAUCUACUAAACUAUAACACGUCCCUAAGUUGCAAACUUUUUGCGUGCGUUCUAUUCUAUUCAUUUAUUUGUUUUUAAGUUGCCUUGAUUUGUAUUUUGCAUUUACAUUCAAAAUUU